CUCCUCCAUCCUCUUUAUUUAGGUCAAGUGAAUCCCCGGCUAGGUAAUGCUGCUGAUGCUAGCAGAGGCGGAGGCGCAGCAGGAGGAAGCGCAGCAUGUUUCACGGCCGAAGGCAUUCCUGGCCGCUCUACGACUAUGUGCCCAAGUCCACACUCCAGCUGCUGGAGAACGAUCCAGGGGCUCCUCCCGCACACGCAUGGAGGCGUAAGCUCAACUGUCACGCAAAUUUUCUGACCGAGUUCCGGGUGACGUUCACCGAGGCACUCAAACUGCUCGGGCUGGGGCUGAGGUUGUGGAAGUUCAUACAAGCCGAGCGCUCUCAGGGAAGAACACCUCCCAUCGACCCGUUCAAGCGAGGAACCAAACCAUCCGCUUGCCACGGCGUGCCACUUGGUGGAAUGGGUGGUGGAAGCAUUGGAAGGGGGUUUCGUGGCGAAUUCAGGCGGUGGCAGCUGUUGCCUUCUGUCACCAGUGAAGCUGCAGUAUUAGCAAAUCAAUUCUCAGUUUUCGUCACUCGGGACAAGGACCAUGGAGAAAAGAAAAAGAUCGCAUCUGUUCUUUCGCCUCGCCCCUCGGAGCUUGAUGUCGGGAAAAAGGCUCAAAGUCCAGAAAUCUGUGCGUGGGACUGGAACCUUGACGGCCAAAAUUCAACUUAUCAUGGCUUAUUUCCGCGGGCGUGGACUAUUUAUGAUGGCGAGCCAGAUCCGGAUUUGAAGAUCUCAUGCCGCCAAGUCUCACCGUUUAUUCCUCACGAUUAUCGAGAAAGCAGCUUGCCAGUCUGUGUCUUCUCUUACGUGAUAGUAAACACGGGGAAGGAAUCGGCGAGUGUUAGUCUGUUAUUUACCUGGGCGAAUUCCGUUGGGGGAGACUCUCACUUAUCCGGUGGACAUUCUAACAAGCCUUUUCUCGAGGACGAUGGAGUUGCAGGUGUUGUCCUUCACCAUCGCACCGCGAAAGGACAGCCAAGUGUGGAGUUUGCGAUUGCGGCCCGGCAAAACGCCGAUGUCGCUGUUUCUGUUUGUCCGAGCUUCUUGGUUUCGGGAAAAGGAAGCACCAUGACGGCGAAGGAAAUGUGGAACCAAAUGAGAGAGAAAGGAUGUUUUGAUACGGAUACUGUCUGUGAGCCUUCUCUUCCUUCUCUCGUAAAUUCAUCACUUGGAGCUGCUGUGUCUGCUUCAGUUACCAUUGCACCGCAUGGAAAGAAGGUUAUUGACUUCGCUCUGUCGUGGGAUAUACCAGAAGUCAAGUUCCCAAAGGGCAGAUCAUAUCACAGGCGCUACACUCAAUUUUAUGGCUCUUAUGGAGAUGCUGCUCCAAGACUUGUCCACGAUGCACUCUUGAACUAUCCAAAGUGGGAGGCCGAAAUUGAAAAGUGGCAGGAACCUGUGCUCAAGGACGCUAAUCUUCCCGAAUGGUAUAGAUUCACGCUCUUCAACGAGCUUUACUAUUUAGUCGCUGGCGGGACGGUGUGGACAGAUGGCAAUCCCCCGUUGCAAGGGAACGCGGAGCUGGCAGUCCCGGACACAGCGUUUGUCACACCCUCAUUUCGAUCAAACGGUUUCACGUCUAGAACAAACAGCGAGAGCAGUAUCACUGGUGCUGUGGAAGAGCUUGUGGAGAUGAUCCCCCUGAACGGAGGAACUACCGGGAACGGUGGCGUCGAUGCCAUUCUGUCGGAGACAGAAGAGGAGAUUGCGGAGAAGCUGGUGAAAGCGAUGGAGGCUGCUAUAUUGGACAAGCAGAUCAAUUCGGCGCCUCGCGAUUUCCCAUAUGGCACGUACUUGCUCGAGGACGGGGAGGAGAACGUUGGGCAGUUCCUCUACCUGGAGAGCGUAGAGUACGUCAUGUGGUGCACGUACGAUGUGCACUUCUAUGCGUCCUUCGCUCUCAUUAGCUUGUUUCCCAAGCUUGAGCUGAGCAUCCAGCGAGAUUAUGCGGCCGCGACACUGUCUCACAACCCUGAGCUCGUCAAGUUCCUGGCUGGGGGCAAGUGGGGUAUCAAGAAGGUGCUAGGGGCAGUGCCUCACGACCUGGGGAUACACGACCCUUGGGUUGAGGUGAACGCGUACAACAUCCACGACACGAGCCGGUGGAAGGACCUCAACUCCAAGUUCGUGCUGCAGAUAUACAGGGACGUAGUGGCGACGGAGGACCUCAACUUUGCGAGAGUGACAUGGCCGGCCGUGUACACUGCAAUGGCAUACAUGGACAGAUUCGACCGGGACAGGGACGGCAUGAUAGAAAACGAUGGUUUCCCAGACCAGACGUACGAUACGUGGACCGUGCAUGGAAUCAGCGCCUACUGUGGGGGCCUCUGGCUGGCGGCGUUGCAAGCAGCAGCGGCCAUGGCGGAGAAAGUGAACGAGCCCAACGCGGCGAACUACUUCCUCAGAAAGUUUCGUGAUGCCAGAAAAGUAUACGACAAGAAGCUGUGGAACGGUUCCUACUUCAACUACGACAGCGGCAGCAGCAGUAACAGCAACUCCAUCCAGGCCGACCAGAUGGCUGGCCAGUGGUACGCCUGGGCGUCGGGCUUGCCCCCCUUGUUUGACGACUACAAGGCGCGGAGUGCCCUGCAGAGGAUCUACGACUACAACGUGAUGAAGGUAAAAGGUGGCAAGCUGGGUGCUGUAAACGGGAUGCACCCAAACGGAAGGGUGGACGAGACCGCGAUGCAGUCGCGAGAGAUUUGGAGCGGUGUCACGUACGCGGCUGCUGCGGCCAUGAUACACGAGGGGAUGUUGGAGCAGGCCUUCACGACCGCAGAGGGCAUCUACAAUGCUGGCUGGUCAGACAGCGGCUACGGCUACUGGUUCCAAACUCCGGAGGCCUGGACUACCGACGGCCACUUCCGGGCGCUCACCUACAUGAGGCCGCUUGCCAUAUGGGCCAUGCAAUGGGCACUCUACCCGCCAAAUUGUGUCGCCGCUGGGCCUCGCAUCCCGUCCAAGGAAGAAUCUGCCGGCGGUUCCACUUCCUCGUCCUACCUCUAUGCAGGGUUUGCGAAGGUGUCGGAAGCGCUCAAAAACGCUCCACCGCAGAUUGAACAGAUCCGCUCGCUCUUUCAUCGCCUCUGCUGCUGCUGCUGCUAACCGGCACGUAGGCCAAGCAAUAAAACAAGUGAACCAUUUGUAUUGUGUAACAAUAUUAUUUUACAUGGGCAGAGCGUUGAAGCUCUCCAACCAGUC